AUCGUUCUCCCGUACUCGGGACACAUCCCCGGAGGCAUCAGUGUCGGCACGGAUGUGGUCAUCAGCGGCCGGGUGCCCCACAGCGCCAGUGUUUUCAGUCUGAAUCUGUGCGUGGGUCCGACCUAUAACCAAGGCUGCGCCCUCCACUUCAAUCCUCGCUUCGACCAGAAUCAAGUGGUGAGGAACCACAUGCAGGGAGGUAACUGGGGCACGGAGGAAACACACGGAGGAUUCCCAUUCCGACGAGGCAUGGGCUUCGAGAUACACAUGAAGGUCACACACCAAGGAUACAAGAUCACCAUCAACCACAGACACUUCUGCGACUUCCACCACCGACUGCCCAAAGAAAGCGUGCAGUAUAUAUACAUCGAGGGCGACCUCCAGGUGAACUUCAUCCAGUUCCGCGGUGGCACCAGCGUUCCAACUCCUGCCUUUCCAGCAGUUCCCGCGUACCAGCCAGCAGCACCAAGCUACCCCCCAGCCCCAGCAUACCCGACCGGACCCAGCUAUCCCCCUGCACCAGCUUACCCACCGGCCCCAGCGUACCCAUCAGGAGGUGUUGGGCCAAUCUACAACCCGCCAGUGCCAUUCACCACAGCCAUCCCUGGAGGCGUGUACCCCGGGAAAAUCAUCUACAUCACAGGAAUACCUAACCCUAACCCUAGCCGUUUCACAGUAAACAUCAUGUGUGGACCAUCAGAAGGCUACGACAUUUCCCUGCACUGUGACGUUCGCUUCAAUUACGGAAAUGACUACAACAUGGUGAUUCGUACACACAUGCAGGGAGGCAACUACGGGCCGGAGGAGAAGCAUCAGAACUACUUCCCCUUUGUUCCCAACGCCAGUUUUGAGAUGAUGAUUUUGGUGGAACAAAACGGCUUCAAGAUUGCAGUAAACAAUCAGCACUUCACCGAAAUGUACCAUCGCAUCCAGCCAAUCCAGCGAGCUACGCAUGUGAGUGUCAAUGGAGACCUGCGACUGUCUCAGGUUCGCUUCCAGUGAUUCUGUCAGUGCCUGAGACCUCCAAUCCUUGAUUUCACCAAAGAUUGUUCAUUUGUUAUACUGGGAGAGGACUCCCAAAUGCAAGAUGCGACAGAUUCACACAAAGGCAGACACCGCUGGGUGCGUGUUUGUCAAGGCUUUAACUUUAAACUGCACCAACCAAAUAACGUCACCAGAAAGUGAGAAAAUGCAACAGAUGGUUUUUCUCUUUGGAGUUUUGUUUUAACUGUUUUUGUAUUAAAAAUGUCUUUCUUUGGAGAUUAAAAAAAUCGUUAAAGGCUUCUAGUCUUUUGUCAUGCCCCAUGCUGUCAUUUCAAGAUUCAUUUUGAUUUCUCAAAGGAUUGUCAAAAAACUGUUGUCAGUGGAGAAAUGUAAGAGGACACGGGGUAGUAGUUGGGUUCUUCUUUUUUUUUUUUUUUGAAGUUAAUCGUGACUUUUUUGUCUUUAUUAAUUUCAUUAGACUUGUUAAAAACGUUUCAUAUUUCCUGUCUGUGAUUGCACCAUGUUGUUGUUUCAUGCAAACUUUUGUCAUAAACAUACACAUACUACACAUACCAGUACUUACUUCCAUUGACAAGGAUCAUAUUUCUUUAGCAAUUGUCUCUUGUUCUGCUUUGUGUGUGUCAGUCGUAGACUACUUCAUAAGUUGCUGGAUUCACUUAACGCAUUUCUCAGUAAGAAUGCUGUGUACUCAUUUUUGUAGUAGCUAUGCACAUUUUGGAGGCUCAUAUUUUGAGUUGAAUACAUACCUUUGUUGUUGUCAUGUAUCUGAUCUUAUAGAUCUAUUUUUGUUAGUUACAGAUUGGUCACUUUUUAUAAGGAUAUUAGUACACAACAUUUAUAUAUAUAUAUAUAUAUAUAUAGCGUUCAACCCUGAGCAAAGAACCCAUGCUUUCAAUACUUUCAUGUGACAUGACAAUCGUAGCCUGCUUUUUCCUGAAGCUGUAACCUCACUGUGACCCCCGUCAUGUGCUGGGAAACAUGCACAAGGUCAAGCUCUUUCGAAGUAGGGGGGCUUUACUUUACUUUUACCAGAAGCUGUAACCUCACUGUGACCCCCGUGAUGUGCUGGGAAACAUGCACUAGGUCAAGCUCUUUCGAAGAAGGGGGGCUUUACUUUACUUUUACCAGAAGCUGCAAAGUGAGGGAAGAACGAACCGGGACUGAAGGGCAAACAUGGUUCAGAGGUCAAGUUUUCUGAUUCGCGGUGCUGUGCAUCUUGAGGCACAUUAUGUGAGAGAUAUAGAUAUAUAUAUAUAUGUGUGUAUGUGUACUGAUACAAAGCCAUUGCUCAAAUCAAAACCCUUUCUUGAAGCUAUAGUCACUCUUUCCUGUGACACUGAGGAAUGGAAGAAUGCGAGGCUUACACUGGUGUAUAUAUUUAUAACAUUUGUCUGUUGUGAAUCAAAGUCGAUUCCAUUGUCAAGAUGCACUGAAAGCUGGCAAUGUAAGAGGAUGAAUAAAAUGUUGUUGACUUAA